CCGGGGCGGGGCGCGGCAGCGGGGCGCGGCGGACUCCCUUGGGGUCCCGGCCGGCUGGCACUCGGCGGCGGCGCGAUGGAGGCGCCAGCCGAGCUGCUGGCCGCGCUGCCUGCGCUGGCCACGGCGCUGGCCCUGCUGCUCGCCUGGCUGCUGGUGCGGCGUGGGGCGGCCGCGAGUCCGGAGCCCGUGCCCCCGGCCGAGGCCACCGAGGCCCCGGCGUUGUCCAGCCCCUACGCCCCCGAGUCUGCGGCCGUGCCCGCAGAGCCGGAGGAGCCCGGGGAGCCCGCGGGGCCGGAGGAGCCUGGGGAGCCCGCGGGGCCGGGGGAGCCGGAAGAGCCGAGGAAGCCCACAGCGGCGCCAGCGGAGGCGGAGGAGCAGACAGCGGAGUCGAGGCAGGAAGAGGAGCAGGACUUGGAUGGAGAGAAGGGCCCAUCGUCAGCAGGGCCUGAGGAGGAGGAUGGAGAAGGCUUCUCUUUCAAAUACAGCCCGGGGAAGCUGAGGGGAAACCAGUACAAGAAGAUGAUGACCAAAGAAGAGCUGGAGGAGGAGCAGAGAGUUCAGAAGGAACAGCUGGCUGCCAUCUUCAAGCUCAUGAAAGAUAACAAGGAAACGUUUGGCGAGAUGUCGGACGGCGACAUGCAGGAGCAGCUCCGGCUCUACGACAUGUAGCUGCAUCCACGGGAUGCCCACGGCGGCCGUGCCCCACGCCCUUGUCCUUCCCAGACUUCUGUAGGCCUAAUUUUCCCUUAUAAACAUAGAUGCAGGCGUACAUUCUAUACGGACUUGCCCAGUUCUUGCCAUGUAUAUGUUACUUUACAGGAAUCAAAAUUGUUUUCUUCAGAGGAGAAAGUCCCUGAUCCCUCUGGCUUCUGCUUGCUGGUGAGGUUCUGGCUGUUAUGGGGCUCUGAGGCCCUCCUGAUCCAAUUUUUUUUUUUUUUUUUGAGAUGGAGUCUCACUCUGUCAUCCAGGCUGGAGUGCAGUGGCGCAGUCUUGGCUCACUGCAACCUCCGCCUCCCAGGUUCAAGCCAUUCUCCUGCCUCAGCCUCCUGAGCAGCUGGGAUUACAGGCAUGAGGCAUCACACCCAGCUAAUUUUUGUAUUUUUCAUAGAGAUGGGAUUUCACCAUGUUGGCCAGGCUGAUCUCCAACUUCCGACCUCAGGUCAUCCACUCGCCUUUGCCUCCCAAAGAGGUUGGGAUUACAGGCGUGAGCCACCACACCUGGCCAACACUACACUCUUAUUCUGCCUUGUGGGGAUUUCUGGAAGUUUCUGUAACUGUAGGGAAGCAAGAUGUUGGGGAGCAUUAUUGUUUUGCUUUGUGUUUUUAGAGGCAGGGUCUCACUCUGUCACCCAGGCUGGAGUGCAGUAGUGCCAUCAUGGCUCACGGCAACCUUGACCUCCCAGGCUCACAGAAUCCUUCUGCCUCAGCCUAAGUAAUUGGGACUACAGGUGUGUGCCAUGACACCCAGCUAAAGGGGAGCAUUCUUUUAUUUUACUUUAUUUUUUGAGACAGUCUUACUCUGUCGCCCAGGCUGGAGUGCAGGGGCACAAUCACUGCAACCUUCACCUUAUGGGUUCAAGUGAUUCUCCUGCCUGAGCAUCCUGAGUACCUGGGAUUACAGGCAUGCACCACCACACCCGGCUAAUUUUUGUAUUUUUAGAAGAGACAGGUUUUUGCAAUGUUGGCCAGGCUGGUCUCAAACUCCUGACCUCAGGUGAUCCACCCACCUUGGCCUCCCAAAGGGCUGGGGUUACAGGUGUGAGCCACCUUGCCCAGCCAGGAGCAUUCUUUUAGCAAAAAGCCGAAUUCAGAGACUCAUCUUUUAUCCUGGCACAAAAUGAUGGUACUAGAGGUAAGAUCUGCCAAGAAUCUCUCUCACUUAAGCAGGCUACUUACUUUAAAUAUAAUUAGGCAAGACUUUUUUGAUUACUUGCCUAAUUAUAUUUCAUUAGAACUACGCUAGACACUGUAGACAGAAGAAAUAAAAUAGACGACCUGGUCCCUACCUUUCAGCAGGUUAAAGGCUUUUAGAGAAGAAAGCCUGUGUGCAGGGAAAGAGAACCUCACCAGAAAGCAUUCAAUAAAAUGCCAAAGGGAUCUCAAAGAGCAGUGCCUGGGACAGCAGAGGCAAUUGUUCUGUCUUUGUGAGUGAACAUACAAUGAUGGGGACAAUUGUCCUUCCUGCCAUGCAGGUCCCAUUUCUGAUCACCCCACUGGCAGGACAAUUCACAGAUCUUGAGCAAACUGAGUAUGGAAGGGUAUGCUAAAGACAGAGCCUAUGCAAGUUCUUAUUUUUUGUUUGCUGAAAUAAAGUUCAGUCAACACACCACCUUAAAAAAAAGUGGAGCAGUGACAUUUUCAUGCCUCAUGCUCACCAUCAUGAGGUUAACGUCCUGCCAUCGCCUCUGCUUACCAGGGGUUUUUCGGGAGCCCCUCCCUGUUCCACUCUGUGAUUGCUUUUGCUUCUUUGCAGACCAUUCACUCUCUGUGUCUGUUGUUGGAUCUAAAUACGAGUGUUUUUCUUUUUGUUGUCAA